ACCGUUGCAUCCUAGACAGCAUAUUCGCUGGGGGUUUUGUUAGAACCUUUGUCGCUUGGCGCAAUCCAUUGGUACUCGAAGGGGGUUUUAGGUUGCUCUUCUUCUUCAACCUUAGCCAUGGAGUCUCUCCCAAAAAUUCGUCAUUCUCACAUCUCACUCAAUCACUCACUACUUCAACGAGGUUCUCAGUGCCAUCGUUCUUCAUUUCCGACACCCUUCUCUUCCCUCUCUCCACCACUCCCUCCAUUCUCUCCUAUCAGAGUCUCAUCUUCACCAUCACCGUCACCCAAACCCCAAAACCCCUUAACCCUAAACCUUCUUCUCCCUCCUCUCGUCAAACCCACCUGCAUCGCCAUAGCCGCGACCGCAUUCUUCUUCAUGCGCCUCCACUCUCCCCCCGUUGCAUUCGCAUCGACGCCGGUCGCUCCACCGGAAUCCGCCGAGUCGGAAACUCUACCCAACGAAAGCGCCACUGAGGAGCAACUUCGCACCACCGACACCGACGCGCUUCAAUCGCUCCUUCAAACCAAGAUCAGAGCCCUCGAAAUCAACGAAGCGAUUCGCGUUUUAGACCGUCUGUCCGAGCUCGAGCCCGAGGAGUCCGAGUACCCGCUCCUAAAGGCUCACCUGCACAUGCGCUACGGCGAGCACGAGCUCGCCGCGAACGUGUUCGAGGAAUUGCUUCACAGAGAUCCGUUCCACGUGGAGGCCUAUCGCGGCCUCUUAAUGCUGACUUCAGAGACGAACAAGCCAACGGAGGAACUAUUGAAGAGAAUCGAAGAGGCCGCCGCGAAGGUUUGCGAGGAACAAGAGAGGGAUUCCGAUGUGAGGGACCUUAAGUUGUUGAUUGCGCAGAUAAAGGUUAUCAAUGGGGAUUUAUCCGAAGCACUGAAGGUGUAUGAGGAGCUUGUUAAGGAAGAGCCUAAGGAUUUUAGACCUUACUUGUGUCAGGGUAUUGUGUAUUCCAUGCUGAGAAAGAAGGAUGAAGCUGAGAAACAGUUUGAGAAGUAUCGUGCUCUUGUCCCAGAGGAUCAUCCUUAUAAGCAUCAUUUUGAGGAAAAUACUCAGUUUUUGGAGAGGAGAGGAGUAGGUGGUGCAAAGAGCUGAGAUUGAGAGUAAGGUUCUUUGUUUAGGAAAAUGAAGAAUAUGUUUUUUUUUUUAUGCUGAUAGCUUAGUUUUGUUAAAUAAUUCGGAUGGUGAUCCGGGUAUCCGGGUGAAUGGUGUUAUUUUAUUUUUAGGUGAUUAGGUUUGCUGAGUGGGAUUGUUUCGCAAAUAAAAAUAUAUCCAAUUGUUUCCCGGAAAAUUUUUGAAAUGAAAAAGAAGUGUUCGACAACAAA